UAUAAGUUCACUCCAAAGUUCACUUCCGCGGGGCUAUUUACCUUCCGGAAAAUUGCAAUAAAUAUAACUUAUAUUCUAAUUAAAUCGAUUUUGUACUGUGUAUAAAUAUUUUAUAAUAAAUAGUGUUUUUGUAAUGAAAUUGUAACUUCUUAGAAAAUAGUUCUAGUAACUACUAUACCUACAUAUAUUGAAAAUGUCAUAUGUUCCUAGAAGUGUUAGGAUACAUCAAUGGCCGUGUCGCGCGAGUGUCAAUAAGUGUUAUACGGAACUAUAGAUUGCAAUGUUUCUCUCAAAGAAUGUUAUCAUGAACACUUUCCAAUGGCGAAAAUGGGUUUUGCUGUUGAUGUUUGCCGUGUACCAGAAAAUCACCGUGGUGAACAGUUUAAAAUGUUACUGCAACAGCGAAAUGUGUCCAAACUCAACCUGUAUCACAAAUGGAUUUUGCUAUGCAUCAACUAGUCUAGACAAUGGCCAGCAAAAAUUUACUUACCAAGAGGUGAACAUUCGCUGUUUGAACUUGAGUAGAGAGUUUCCUCCUGACUAUCCACUGACAUGCCAAAAGCCGACAGCAUAUUGCUGUCAAAAAGAUCUCUGCAAUUCUGAUGAAAUAGCCCGGGAAAAAUUGUCCAAAGUGCUUCACGACUCAGCCAUGGAGACGAGUCCAUCGGCGACGGCAUGGCAAGUGGUGCCGUGGGUGAUGGCGCUCAUGGUAUUUGGGAUAUGCGCCGCCAUAAGCCUUUGGUGGGCGAAGCGCUGGCGUGCCGAGGGUAAAAGACCGCCCAGACCUUACCCCGAUGAGGAUGAGACCAAGCACAUUCUCAACUCGAAGACCUCCUUACAGGUUUUGUUGGAAUCCAGCAACUCAGGAUCUGGUUCUGGCUUGCCCCUACUGGUACAGCGGUCGAUAGCACGCCAGAUCCAAUUAGUGGAUAUAAUAGGCAAAGGACGUUUCGGAGAGGUGUGGCGCGGACGUUGGAGGGGCGAGAAUGUCGCUGUCAAAAUCUUCUCGUCCAGAGAGGAGAGCUCAUGGUUUCGUGAAGCCGAAAUCUACCAGACGGUGAUGUUGCGUCACGAGAACAUCCUUGGCUUUAUCGCUGCAGAUAACAAAGACAACGGCACUUGGACGCAGCUGUGGCUGAUUACGGAUUACCACGAGAAUGGCUCGCUGUUUGACUUCCUGACGGCCCGCACGAUCGACUCCCUCACCCUCGUCAAGAUGGCACUCUCCAUAGCAACGGGACUUGCGCACUUGCACAUGGACAUUGUCGGCACUAAAGGAAAACCAGCAAUAGCUCACAGAGAUCUUAAGUCGAAGAACAUAUUGGUGAAGAGCAACUUGACGUGCGUGAUUGGAGACCUGGGGCUGGCGGUGCGGCACAACGUGUGCAGUGACUCCGUCGACGUGCCCACCACGAACAGGGUCGGCACCAAACGAUACAUGGCGCCGGAGGUCCUCGACGAGUCGAUGGACACGCGACAGUUCGACCCUUACAAGCGCUCCGACGUGUAUUCGUUCGGGCUGGUUCUGUGGGAGAUAGCUCGACGAUGCGGCGUGAUGCCCGAUGAGUACCAGCCCCCGUACUACGACUGCGUGCCGCCAGACCCGGCGCUCGAGGACAUGAGGCGCGUCGUCUGCACGGAGAAGCGGCGGCCCAACGUGCCCAACAGAUGGCACUCUGAUCCGGUACUGUCAGCUAUCUCGAAGGUUAUGAAGGAGUGCUGGUAUCAGAAUCCGGCGGCGCGGCUCACCGCACUACGCAUAAAGAAAACCCUCGCAAACAUCGGCACCGCUGACUGCAUCAAGCUGUAAUGUGCGAUCGGCAAGGAUAAGGUUAAUUGGGGCUGGGACAUAAGACCGGACGAAAAAGUAAUUUCGGCAACCGCCACAGCAUGGCAAAUUAAAUACAUUUGAUAUGUAAUUAACAGUACUUGUCUUAAUGAAGUAUUUUUAUCAAUCUCGCUAAGUGGAUAAUAUUUUUAACAAUUUUAUUGUAAUCGUAAGUCCCUAUUAAACAUAUCGCGUAAUUACACACGAUUUGUGAGAAUUGCCAGUUUAUAAUUUUAUUUGGAAGUUUUGCGUUGGGGUUAGUUCUUAAUCACUUGCAGUGUAAAACUUAACUAAGGUAAAUUAAUGUUCGGAAGUGAGUACGGAGCUGAGGGUAUUUUAAGAUUGUCUAUAUUUCAUACCUCAGAUAAUUUGAAAUGCUGUAAUCCAUUUCUCAUACCAUUUUUACAGAAACGAGCUACAUUUGUUUGUAUUUUGGGAUUGAACAUUUAUUUUCCGGUCUUCAUGCCCUAGUCUCAACUCGUUUUUGUACGUCUCUGCUUGUCUGUGACACAGGGAAUGCUGGAAAUAAGUGAACCAUUCUGUGCUACUUGUUUAUUAAUAUGAGUGAAUAGUUUGGAAGCAGUCAGUCCUUCACCGGCUUGUGUGACCCGCGUCGGUAUCGAUGCCAAGGUCAAGCGGCGCCAGGAAGACUGCAAACGAAUAGUGCUUUUAACAUAUAGCUACUUGCCCCUAUUUCUUCCAGCUCUGUGAUAUAUUUUUUUAAAUCUUUACAAAAUACAAUUAAAAGUAACAACUAAAAUUAAGGCUAGUUUAUUUGUUCGAUCAAUUUCCUAUAGCCAUCAGUCAGUUCAGCACAUUAUCAAUUCUCUACAGAGUUUGAUGGAAUAGGGGUACUAAUGGUUAGGUACGCACCCCGGCCCGUUGGGUUUGCCCCUUCAUGGCAGUUUCGAUGCUAAGCUGGCAUACCACAUCUGCAGUCUUUCAUUUCACAUAGUUUCAGAUUUGGAUACAUUCAAUAUGUAUUCGCUAAAAACCCAAACAGGAAAAUAAGUUAAACAUGCAUUAGCAUGACCCCUUUUUGACCAAUAUAAACAAGGAAUUAUCCUUGUUAUUAUCUUCUAUAUUGGUCAAAGACGGGUGUAGGUUUCUUUAAUUUGGUAAACAGAAAGCAAGGCGUGUGAUGAACUCUGACCAGUGAUCGUUGGUUCCCAGCUUAGCACGGAUAUAUGGUUCACAAGCCACUAAGCAAGUCUCCUGACCCUACCUCUUAGAUUAUAGUCAAUAUCAGAAAGGAGCAUUUAUUAUACUAAUAUGUUAUAAUGGACUUGGAGAUGUAGUGAUAGUUUUUCGUUACCAAGUACGUAAGUUAUAACUUUUGUUAAGGUUUUUAUUCCAAUUAUUUUGCGUAAUAAUUAUAUAAGAGCAGAACAACUUUUUUUUUUAACUUUAUUUUUGUAAACUAUUUUUUUCUGUGAUAUAAAUUGAAGUCGCAGCUAUUGUAAUUAGUUUUAUAUUACUUGUGUUCGUUUAUUGAAGUAGUCCUGUUGUUCCGCGCGUGACGACAGCGGAUGUAGACAUAUAUUUUCUACGCAAUUUGUUCGUUUGUUUUCACCUUGUAAUGAUCUACCAAAUCUAUUGAUACGUUAUGUGGAAGUCGUUGUGAUGCCGCCUGCUGGGGGCAGGGCGUUGGGUUGUGUUGCACCGUGCACGUCCUCACGUCGCACGCGACUAGUACGCGACUAGGACUCGACUAGGACUCGACUAGGACGCGACUCGUACGCGAGUAACGCACGCGGCCUUGCAACGCGCGUUUCCGUACUUUUGACAUGUUAAUUAAAUAAAUAUCCGUUUAAAAGACAGUUCGAGAUUUUGUGUUGAAAUUAUUAUUACCAACAAUUGGUCCCUUUCAUAAAUAUCAUUUGACACUGAGGGUGCCCCGUGACGUUUUAUAAUGCAAGUGAUAUUUAUGACGGAGUAAAUGGACGCACGUUGUGCGUUAUUGAUAAGUGACGAAAGAUUGAAAUUUAAAUAUACAUUUGUAAAAUAUACAUAUUUUCAUACUUAUUCGUUUCCUAGAGUCUUUGAAUGAUAAGAUAUUUGGAAUUUGUACAUAGAGCGUUAAAUUAGUCCUUUGAACAUUACAUACUAUAAACCUAAAAGGUUCUUUAACCACAUAGAUUUCGUACGAUUGUGUAACUAAAUAUGUAGAGGUUUAUUUGAAUGGCACUGUUCGAUAACACUGAGUCCAUUUUUCUGAUUUCGUCACGCGCGCCAUAUAAAGCCUAAAUUUUGGUCGCUAAAUGUGUACAAAUUUAAGUUUACAACUACAAAGCAAUAUAAUCUUAUAAGUAUAAUAUAUUUCGUAGGUUUUGAGAGGUGAAAAUGAGAAUAUAUAAAUUCUGUUGUCUGAAUCUUAAAAUUGAACUCACUUGUUCGAGAGCGUCGUCAUUCACUUUUAUUUAUUGUUUUAUUUUACUAUUUUCCAUAUAUAUAUAUAGAUGCGAUUCGCGAGUGGGCACUUACAUUACGUACAAAGUUGGGAUUGUUCUAAUAAAUAAAAAUGGAAAAUGGAUAAGUUUAUAGAUUGGUAUAAUUAAUGUUCAAUUCUGUACUAUAAUUUUUACAGUUUUAGUUAUUAUUGAUAAUAUUUAAGAAUUAUACGUCGUGUAAAUAUAUGUAACAUCAGUCAAAUAUCAGAUAAUAAGGUUCGUCGACAGUGAAAUUCAUAGACUGAUUGUACCUACUAUAAUAUUUACUUAUAUAAUACUAAUGGACCUAUAAGUGACGAGAAGCGUUGCGUACACCACAUACCACGUCACCAUUUUUAGUUAGGAGUUGAAUUGAGUUUUCCACAGAGACAAUAGUACAUCGCAACCUACAUCUGCAUUACUGAUGUCAUGAGCCUGGAUCUGGUUCGGGACCAUGGGUCCAUUAACGCGUUUGGGUGAUAUAAGGAAAAUUACUUCAAUUUUGCUGUUUUUUUAAACAAUAGGUGAUUGAGCUGGUAUCAUUAACUUCAAAUAUACUAAAAUCAGAAUGUAUGACCACGUUGGAAACGUUUUCCUUUCAUAGGGUAUACUUUUUUUAUAAUGAAAGCAACAGUUGUAUCAACGAAUGUUGUGAUUUAAUUCAGUAAAGAUAAACUUUGUCUUCCAGGGCAUUUUAGUAAAAUAGCUUCAGUAAGAACAUUUUUAACAUUUUGCAUAAUACCUAUCGGCUUUAAAUCACCCCGGCGAAUGUAAAGAUAAAAAGACACGAACAUUGCCAAUAAAAAUAAAAUAUCGUGUAUCGUCAAGUUUGUUCGAGUGGAUGUAAUUGAGUAAAAUUAGUUGUUGCUAGACAAACAUUCUAUGGAAAUAAAUAGAGUUAUAUUUGCCGUGAGUGGGAUAAGGGGUUCUCGAGAGGUAUUUCGCUUUGUGCGUCGCUCAUCAGGUCCACUAGUUGCAGGAGUCGAGAAAUUUUCAACGAUGAAUCACGUAGGCACGUCGCCAGAUGUCGCAGAGGGAUUCGUAAAUGUGUUUUUUCAAAGAGGAGUUUCAGUGAUGCCAGCAUUCAGCAACUUAUCGGUUUAUAUAAAUUGAAAGUCAUUCUUUACUUAUUAUUGGACAACCUGGUACACAUAAUCGGAAGCCGCUUUUAAACUAAUUUUGAAAAUCAAAAAUAAAUAGACGCUUCGUUACGUAAUAUAUUGUACUGGCUUCUGCGCGUAAUGUUGAAAAAAUACGCUUGCUAUACCAUAGGACAAAAUUUAUUAUCGUGUUUCUUCGCGACGUUUGCCCAAUUAUGUCGUAGAUCUAAUUUCCUUUGCGCCGUCCGUUUUCAAUUUAAAAAUUUAGUGUCGUUUUAAGUGUUUAUUGUCCAUCUUUUUGUGGGCGAAUUUUUACACGUGAAAUAACUAAUACGCGUUUAUGUAUUCAUAAUUAAUUUUAUACGAAUAUGCAUGCACUCAGGUCGUCUUAAUCUAUUUCGUAAUGUAUCGUGUACUAUAGAAUUUCCUUGUCAAUCCAAUCUGUCUAUUUUCGGCCCUCGGUACCUUAAACCGUACUAAAUAAAGAAUAUGUUUUUAUAUUAUAAAUUAUUGAUGUAUGUGUCACUUAACGUACCUACAUGGAUGUUGUAUGUGUUAUUGUAUGUAAUGUUAGAAUUAAGUUUCAGCGUGUGUUGCUCGCAUGCCGUGAGUACUUUAUAAUUUGUUUCUGUCUUACUGCAUUACCUAUUCGUGUAUAAAUAGACCACUUAUUUAUAAUACAUUAAUAGUUUUAUUUUUAAAGAAAAACAUUAAAACCGUAUGUAAAUUGUGUUGUUACUUUGCUGUACAUAUUAUUGUAAUCAUUAAUGAAGAGGCUUGGUAAUAAUCUAUUCUCGUUUCCCAUAAUUCGGCUUGCGAGCUACACUUCAAUACUUGAUGUCAUUUUAUAGAUGUCUAUUGGAAUUGAAUGUAACGAUACCAAUGUCGACGUAUUCAAACACUCGUUAUGGUAACGGACUACGCGAUACGAUUAGUAACAUUGUCAAUUUAUGUAUAUGUAUUUAUCUUGUACCUCCCGAUGUACUGCCAGAUACCAUCUGUAUAAUUUAGACAUCUCGUGUUGUCUCCAUUGAAGAUUUUACAUCCCUUACAAAUCUUAAGGUCUGUGUCUUCUAUAGUAGUUUACUAAAAAUUUAUAACAAUAUAUGUCGGAAAUAUAAAAAAAUUAGUGGCUUAGAAAUAGAUUUGAUACUUGGUGUUUGACGAGUGGCGAUGGGCCAGAUCGUCGACUGGGAAGAUUUGAUAUUUGUUUAGGAAGCGAUGAAGAUUGUAACAGGAAAUGGGUAUUUUCAAUCGAUAAUGUGUUAUAAUAUAUGCGACCGGGGGCUCUGGUCGAUUUGUGUUGAACAACGGGCAGAGCGCAGUCACGCCACCGCGCCACAGUUGACGUUUGGCCCAACUCUAGAUUCCUAGUUGGUGACUUCUUAGAUAAGUUUCGUUACUCGUAUACUUAUUGAUAAUGGAAAUUAUAGACUUAGGCCGUCAAGUUCAAAUUUGUGUCAUACAAAACGAUGGUACAAGUGUCAAACUAUUUUGGUUUGACGAAUUAUUUGAUGAGCAAUACCAAGAGAGUACAAGUUAUGAUUUUUACUUAAAACAUGCAAUAACUUAAUACGGUAAAAGGCAGCGUCAUAUCAUGCGAAUUCGACGAUUGAUUCCAAAUACGAUUAUUUUUAUGUAAAUACCAUUAUUUAAUCAUCCAAUAAAAUAAGUUUUAUUAAUUGGUUACGGAGUGGAUUAAUUAAUAUAAUAAAUAAAACAAGUGUUUUUA